ACAAUCACUCUGAGAUUAAUCAGAUACAGAAGACACAAUUCAAAGAAAGGAAGAAAAGAAAGAAAGAAGAAGCAGAAAGAAGCCAAAGAAUUUUUAAAAAAGAACAAUUUUGCUUUUUAUUAAUAUUUGUAUAAAACCCGAAGUAUGGCCAACGACACCGACGCUUUAUUGGACUUUUACAGGAAGACCCGCAAUUUUAUGUGGGUUUAUGUUGCUAUCCCUUUGAUUUGCUUCGGAAUCAUUGGGAAUAUUCUUUCCAUCAUCAUCCUACUGCGACCACGCAUGCGUGCUAUGCAGGUGUUUGUCUACCUCAUCACUUUAGUAUCCAAUGAUUUGGUUGUUCUUUUCUCAGACGCCAUUCCUAAAGUGGUGUUCAUAAUGACCGGCAUUAUCCACAACUCGGAACAUAUAUUCCUCUGUAAGUUCUUCUCGUAUCUCUCCCAGACAUCCGUGCUUUAUGCUUCUUGGUUGACCGUUCUGAUAACAUCGGAGAGAAUGGUCUGCGUUAGUUUCCCAAUAUGGAGUAGCAUUAAUUUGAAAAUCAAACUAAAAAUUAUCGCCAUGGUAACCACGUUCUUAUUCAUUUCCUGCCUGACAGCAUCAAACCUGUAUUAUCGAACAUUAAUUCCAAGACCUUUCAGUAACGCCAAAAUCUGUGUCACUACCGGACCAGAAGACUAUGCAGUUUUCUACGAGUUAAUCUACGGCGUUUUCUUCAGUUUUUUACCGGCUGUUUUAUUAGUGAUUUUCAGUUCUGUAAUAAUUUCAAAACUGAGGAACCGUUUUUUAGUCAAAGAUUCCCAGCAGAAGAAAGCUAACCAAAGUCAAGCUUCGAACGAUGCUAUUCGAAUACUCUUCUUAAUCAAUUUGGUAUAUUUCCUGAUAGUACUUCCAUACGGCAUCAUGGUUUUCGUCGUGAGAUUUAACCCGGGCAACAGAGUUAUGAUGAUUGCUCUAAGCGUCACAGACGUGUUGUAUUAUAUUUCAAAUAGCAUCAAUUUUGUUUUAUAUUCUGCCAGUGGACCGACAUUUCGCAAAGAGCUCCGUUCUUUUUGUCGUGGGGAGGAAUCUUUAACAACAGAACGGACGCAGAGUAACCGCUUUUCCUCGGUUAAUGAAACUACAUUUAGUAAACGGAAGCGGAAGGACAGUAUCUCAAUAGUAUCGUUGACUUCCGUCAGAGAAUUCGAUCAAAUUUCCGUCAGACGGAACACAUAA